AUGCCCAAGGGCAGCUCUGACGACGACGACGACAGAUCCGACGACGAGGACGAGCGCGAGGGCGAGGGCAGCGACGACGACAGCGACAGCUCCUCCGCCGAGACGGACGAGCGGUGUGGCGAGCUGCUCGCGCAGCUGCAGCAGGGCUCGCUGACGUACGGCGCGGCGCUCGAGCUCAUCGGGCUGCUCAAGGCGAGAGCGGACCUCCCGGGAGUGCGCCAGGCCCGCGAGGCGCUCGCGGCGGCCUACCCGCUCCCGGAGGCGGUCUGGCUCGAGUGGAUCGAGGACGAGGCGCGGCUGGCGGCGGGCGACGAGGUGGACGAGGUGAUCGAGCUGGCGGGGCGCGCGGUGCGGGACGGCCUGUACGUGGGCGUGUGGCUGCGGCUCGUCAGGCUCGUGGCGGAGCGGCACGCGCCGGGCCUCGUGAGCGCGCUCGACGCCGCGGCGGAGGGCGCGCUCGGCGGCGGAGGCGCGGCGGGCGGCGCCGGCGAGCCGGGCGAGCCGGGCGCGGGCGCGGCGCCCGAGGCGGGGCUGCGCGAGGUGCGCGCCGCCCUGGAGCGGGCCCUCACGGCGGCCAGCCUGCACCUGGCGGAGGGCGACCGCCUGUGGAGCGCGUACGAGGCGGUGGAGGGUGCGGCGCUGCGCUGCGCCGAGCGCGAGGGCGGCGCCGCGGCGGCGGAGCAGCGCGCGCGAGUGCGAGCGCUGUGGCGGCGGCGGCUGUCGGUGCCGCUCGUCGGGAUGGAGGGCGCGAUGGAGCGGUACCGCGCCUUCGAGGCGGCGGCGGCCCUCGCGGCGGGCGAGCCGGCCGCGGCGGCGGAGCGGGAGGUUGCGACUGCCGAGCGCGCGUACUCGGUCGCAUGGAAGGCGGCGGGCGCGCGGAGGCAGCACGAGAGCAAGGUCGCGGCGGCGCGCGCGGCGCGCGGCGCGGUGGACCCGUGGGGCGGCGGCAGCGAGUGGGAGGCGUGGAGCGCGUACCUCGCCGCCGAGGCCGAGGGCGGCGACCCGUGGCGGACGAGGGCGUUGUUCGAGCGGAUGCUGAGCCCGGACGAGUCUGCGUGGCGGCGGGCGGAGGAGGCGGCGGCGGCGGGGGAGGGGGGCGGCGGGGCCCUCCCUCCGUGCGCGAGGGCGGCUCUCUGGCGGCGCUACCUCCACUUCCUCGUCGCCAGCCUACCCUCGCCCUCGCUGCGGGUCGAGGCGACCGCGCGAGGCGCGACCGCGCGAGGUGUGCGCUGCUGCGCCGCCGACGCGCACCUGUGGGUGGCGAGGCUGCGCGCGCUGGAGGAGGCGGCGGCGCCGGCGGAGGAGGUGCGGGCGGCCUUCGAGGCGGCCCUCGGCGCGCCGCUCGCCCCGCCGCCCGCCGACCCCGCCGACCCCGCCGACAAGAGCCCGCCUCCGAGCGGCGGCCACGCGUGUGACCACCUCUGGCUCCUCCACUCCUACUCGCACUUCCAGCGCCGCCGCCUCGCCGCCGCCGCCGCCGCCGACCCCGCCGCCGCCGUCGCCGCCGCCGGCUCGGUGCGCGAGGCGCGCGACGCCGUCCUCGCGUAUGAAGAGGCGUACCUGCCCAGGCUCGAGCCUGCGGGCGAGCUGCUCCGCUUCUGGGCGGACGCCGAGGAGGAGCGCGGCGAGGCGGCGCAGGCGCGCGAGCUGAUGGAGCGCGCCCUCGCCCGCUUCGGCGCCGACUCGGCCCUCUGGCUCCACCUCGCCGCGAUUGAGCGCCGCCUCGAGGAGCGGGCCGCCGCCGAGGGCGGCGCCGCCGGCAGCGCCGCGCCGGGCGGCGACGCGCCGUACGAGCGGUGCCGCAAGGUGUUUCGGCGCGCCGUGACGGUGGUGCACUCGCCAGAGCACGCGGCGGCGCUGCACGCGGCCUGGCUCUCCCUCGAGGCCACACGCGGCACGCUGAGCACGCUGCGCGCCGCCGAGGAGCGCGUCGCCGCCCACCGCGCGCAGCUCGGCCGCCGGGGCGAGAAGGAGGCGGAGGCGGCCGAGGAGGCGGCCGAGGCGGCCGCCGCGGCGAGGGCGGCGCGCGAGCAGAAGCGCACCGCCGCGCGCAAGGAGAAGCGCGCCGCCACGAAGGCGGCGCGCGGCCCGGGUGACGACUCCUCGCAGCCGGCGGCUCCCGGCGCGCUGGACGCCGCCGCCGCCGCGCCACUGGCGGGCAAGCGGAGCGCUGGCGCGGCGGGGCUGGCGCAGCAGGGAGGCGCGCAGCCCGCGUCGUCGGGCGGGGCCGCGGCCGGCCAGAGCAAGAAGCCGCGCGCUGCGCUCGUGCCGCGCGCCGCCGGGCGGGGGGGCGCGGGCGGCGGCGCGCUCAUCCCGCGCGCCGCGCGUCCCGGCGGUCCGCCACGUGGCCGGUCGGCGAGGCCCGGGCUUGGCCAGGCGGCUGUUGCGCCGGCGGCGGAGAGCGCGCCGGCGGGGCCGGACCCGAUGCUCUCGAACGACGCCUUCAGAGACUUGAUGCUGAAGAAGGAGGAGCCCGAGGGAUGA